GUGUGAUGCUAUGAACAUGAACUUAUGAUGCUUGCCUUGCCAACUCUCUACUCUGCGGUCUUCGUCAUCAUAGCAACCGCCCAACCGCCCAAGGGGGCCAAGAAGCCAAAUCAAACCCUUCUCUUCGCGGCCUAAGCAACAGGAAGAAGAAAGACGCGACAAUAUAAUUCCUUUUUUCGUUUUCAUCCCCCUCGAUCUCGAAUCGGACGAACGAGUUCUCACUUCGCGAUCCAGAUGUCUGCGGCGGCUAUCUUCAAGAGCAACGGGAGUAGGGCUUGCCUUAUCGACACGCUCGCUCUGGUCAGGAGGUUGGAGAAAGGGGUCCCGUCGAAGCAAGCGGAGGCCAUCACAUUAACCAUCACGGCGGUUUUGAAUGAGAGCUUGGAGAGUGUCGCCCAGUCCUUUGUGUCCAAGCCCGAGAUGCAGAGGAGUGAGAUGAUUCAAGAUUCUAAUCUCUGGAAAUUCAAGUUGAAAAUGAAGGGCUCGCAGGAUCAUCACUUUGCAUUGCUACAACGAGAGACUGAAAAACUUCGAGUUGAUAUCGAUAAAAUGCGUAGUGAACUUAGAUAUGAAAUUGACAAGGUAACUGCUGGGCAGCGCUUGGAUCUAAACCUCGAGAGAGGGCGCAUACGUGACGAGUUAGCCAAACAAAGUGCAGAAACCACAAAACUUACUACCAAACUCGACAGGGAAAUCCAUGCAUUAAGGGCACAGUUAGAGGCAGCAAAAUACGAUGUCAUAAAGUAUUGCAUUGGUACUCUUGUUUCCAAAUCUGCUGUUGGUCUAGCUGUAGUGCGCAUUCUGAUGUAAAAUCAGCAGAUACGGAAACAAGAGUAUCAAUGCAAUACUAUUACAUCAGAAUGCGCACUUUGAAUUAGAUGUAAUAGUCUUUUGGCAACUUUGAAUUUCCAUCAUUCUUAUUAAUAGUGUUUUGAUGAA